GAAUUGAGUAGAUUAGGUAAAGUUAAAUUUUAGUGUUUAUAUACUUAGCUUAGUUGAAUCUAGUUGUUAAAAUGACUAGAGCUAAAAUAGAACUCGGCGACGUGACGCCGCAUAAUAUAAAGCAGUUGAAAAAAUUGAACACAGUUGUAUUUCCAGUGUCAUAUAAUGAUAAGUUUUACAAAGAUGUUCUGGAGGCUGGUGAACUCGCAAAAUUAGCUUAUUAUAAUGACAUAGUGGUGGGAGCCGUGUGCUGCAGGAUAGACACAUCGGAGAACUCUCGGCGGCUUUACAUUAUGACACUGGGAUGCUUGUAUCCAUAUAGAAGACUUGGUAUUGGUUCAAUGAUGGUUAAGCAUGUGCUCAAUUAUGUGAAACAGGAUGGAAAUUUUGACAGUAUUUUUUUACACGUACAAGUGAAUAAUGAAGGUGCAAUAGACUUUUACAAGAAAUUCGGCUUUGAAAUUGUUGAAACAAAAGAACGUUACUAUAAGAGAAUAGAACCAGCAGACGCUCAUGUCUUACAAAAGACCAUAAGACUACCGAGCACACCUUUGGUCAACGGGUCAGUAUCACACACAAAGACAAACGGCUAUGAUGCAGGCUCACAACAAAACAACAUAAUGUUUUAUUUGUAAAUUCUGGACUAUGUCAAAUGAGCAAGUGAUAAUUAUGUUAAAUAACAGUCAUGAUUAGAGCUAAAUGUAAUUAUAGCAGUUAAUAAGUAAUUACUAACUUUAAGU